UCAACAGAAAAAGAAGAGAAAAAGAAGAGCUAACGUUGGCAGCACAGUACAAUAAAAGUUCUGAAGAUUGCCUCUAUUAUCAUGGCAAGUCAACAGAAGAAAUCGAUUGGUGUGUAUGAAGGCUACCAGGUGUUUACUAAUGAUGUACAACCAGAAGUGAAGCAAGAACCAGUUGAUUCGGAAUUAGAUACAGAGGAAAAGCCAGAGGAAGAUGAUGAAGGUGGCGGAGCUUCAAGGAGUGUAAGAGAUCUUCUUAAACAGAUGGUUGAGAAUAAAAACAAAGAGCUUACUGUGAAGAAUGUUGUUGAGAACUUACUUGUACAGAAUGAAGUUCUGCUGGCACAGAGUGAUGCGCAGGCAUUCAAACCUAACCCACGCACUGUUAAGCCUAAAAACACAGAGCAAGUUUUUGAAAGCCAUGGUAGUAUUUUGACACCUAAGGAUCCAACAGAGUCAUGUACAAAGGAAGAUAUGCCAAACAUAAAUGAUGCUUUAGUUGAAGUUUGUGUAAAUGAAGCUAACAAAACAAAUUGUGACCCUGACGUUGUGUGUGCUGUAGGGUCAAAGAUCAUAUUGUUGACCCCUCAAGGUCAGCCACUUCAGAUGGAUAUAACCUAUUACUGGUGCAAUUUCUGUAGUUACAAGUCAGAGAAUAAAGCCACACUUUUACAGCAUGUGAUGGAGCAUAGAUUUCACUGCAAGUACUGCAAAUUUCAGUCUUUUUCACGAGCUGCUGUUAUACACCAUUGCACCUCAGAGCAUGAUUGUUUUUCUGAAACAGCUAGCACUCUCAAGUACUGCACAUACUUGCCUGACUUUUUGAAGAAUAAUGAACUUAAGAAGAGAAAGCAAGAUGUGACCAGUGAAACCCCUCCUUCAAAAAGGGCACGUAUAGAUGAUACAGAAUCGCUGAAUAUGGAAGUAGAAGAAGUUGAUUCUACUCAACCCUCUGCCAGUGUAUUAAAAGUUAUCACACCAAGUGUUAUUAAGAAACAAGCAGUUACAAGAACAGAAAGUAAUAGCCUGCCUGUUAUUUCAAGUGUUAUGAGUGGACACAAAGCUGUAACUGCUGCAAUAACCGCAUCAAAAGAACCAGAGGUACAACCAAAACAACAACCAUUACAACCAAAACAACAAUCACUACAACCAAAACAACAAUCGCCACUGGCAAAACCUAUACCUUCUCAAGAACCAAAUCCUGCUCCUACAUCCACUACUUCAUCUAAUGUAACAGUUUCAUCUGGUCUCUGUUGGAACUGCGGAUAUUGUGGCUUUGUGACACUUAGUCAGUCAUUUCUUAAAAUACAUCUUAAUGCUCAGCACCCUGGUAAGGCACACAAAUAUGUUGCUAUGCUUGUGUCAUCUGAAGAAGAGCUUAGUCAAAUCAAAGCAUCUGAUGCCCAGCAGGUUUCAGGUCCAUCAGGAGGUAGUACAAUUAUUCAAGUAAAAUUAAGUGAUCUCCCAUCAGCAUCAUCUUCAUCUUCUUCAUCACCAGCAGCUGCCUCAUCAUCUUCAUCUCAAAGUCCUGUUAACAAGACACUUCCAACAACACUCCCUCCUCCAAAACCUCCUGUUUCAAUGGUCAAAACAAAAGGUAUUGAAAUAGAUAAUGCAGAAGUUGAGGCACCAAGAAUUGAGGAAACAGAAGAAGAGAAAAAGAUUCCAGUAUCAUAUAAAUGUGCUCAUUGUAACUUUAGUUAUCCCAAUAUAGAUAAAGUCAGAUGCCAUCUUUUUCAACGGCAUAAUGGGUGUGUGAUAUAUGCUCUUGAUAUGAAAGCAGUCAAACUUCGACAGAAGCGUUAUAUUUUCUUCUGUCUUAAAUCCAAAUGUUCAUUCAGAACAAAAGAAACAGACGAGUAUUUGGAACACAUUAGUACAUGUACCCCAUGGUUAGAUGGAACUGAGCGGAAAGAUGUAGAUGCAGGGAUGGUGAAGUCAUUGGAGCUGACUAAAACAUUCAUUGAGAAGACUGCAAAUGGAAUGACUUUUGGGAAAGAUACAAAACUUGACAAGUCAGCUGAAUAUGCUUGCAUCUAUUGCUCAUACAUUUCCAAUAACAACACUAGAUUAAAGAAGCAUGUGAUGACAAACCAUGGAGACAAAAGCUGCAUCAUUAAAGACAUACCAGCCAGUAAGUCGAACAAAAGAGACAUGGUUUACUUUUGUAACUUCUGUCUCUGGGAGACUAGAGAAGGUAGUGAUCUUGAGUUGCAUAUAUCUGAACGUCACAACUCGAAUGUGAAAAUUACACAGCCUGCUACACCAGCAGCUCCUUCUGAUACUACCUCACAAUCUAAAGAAAAAGAAGAAACUGUUACUAAAGAUGAAGCUCCGAAUAAAAAGACCUCUCCAGAUCAGAGCAAAAGGCGUCAAGCUCAAGAAAAGUUGAAGGAAGAAGCAACACCAUCACCUGAAGCAGAAGAAUAUAAAUCUGAUAAUGAAGUUGAUGAAGCUGAUGAUGAGGAAACAGAUGAAAAUGAAUAUGCUGGACUUGUACCUUCGGCUGAAUAUGAAAAGGCAAUGGCUGAAUACUUAGAGAGUGAAAAUCCUGAAGUUCGGAAAGGCAGGGGUCGUCCAUCUAGAAAAUCUGCUCUAAAAUGUCGUAUGAAAGUCAAGUCGAUGAAAGCUCCACCAUUGUACAAGUGUCUGAACUGUUCAAAGAUAUAUUUUGGGACCAAGUUAAUGAGGCAACAUAUACAAGAGGAACACAAAAAUGAACCUCUUAAAGCAAUAGACAUUUUAAAACAAGAGAGAAAAAAUCCAAACUUCUAUGCUUUGUUUUGUCCUUCAGACAAAUGCACAGUAAAUGAAUCUUUUGCUAAUGAUUUGAUUAACCAUGCAAAGAAUAAGCAUGGAAUUCCGGCAACAAAUGUUGAGCUUGUAAAAAUCUCAAAUGCAUCUUUAGGGACAAAUAGUAAAAGUGUUACACCAUCAAGGAGAGGAAGACCAGCUACGGUUGCAACUGGAGAGAGUUACGAGUGUUUAUAUUGUUCCACAUCAAAACUUUAUCACUCCAGGAAAGAUAUGAAGUUUCAUUUAAUAGAUGAACACAACGGGGAAGAGUUCAUUUACAGGGACUGUAUAUCAAGGAAACUUCGUCAGCCCUCCAGAUACUACAUGUGCCACAGUAUUAACUGUGACUUUACAUCUGAAAAACAAAAAGAAUACCUUUUACAUAUGUUAGGGCACCAGAAAGCAAAGAUUUUUGAAUGUUCAAAAUGUCAAUGGUUUACUUCGGUAUCUGGAGAAAUAGAAAAUCACUUUGCAAGUGUUCAUGCAGGGGAAGCUGUAACAACAUUAGCGAUUGAUCUUGAUUUAGAUAGUUCAGGAAAUACAGUGAAAUCCAUUGAUGGAAUUACUAUAAAGGCGGAAAAAUAGUUGUGUUAUAAAGUAUUGUGGACAGAUUGAUGGUUGGAAUCGUUACAAGGACUGUAAGGUAUAAAACUAAAGCUAUAUAUAUAAACAUGAUAAAAGGUCAGCUCUUUAUGUGGACUUGCCAUGGUUACUUUAGUUACAGUGUAUACACAAAGACUACUUAGUUAUAGUGCUAGAAUCCAACACUGGACAGAAUUUCAGAAACCCUGCUAAAAUGUACAUGUAUGAAUGUAAUCUUAAUUGUUCACACAAUCUGAAUUAUCCUUACUAUGUAUGUGAAUUAUAUGAAGUUUAUGCAGUUAAAUUAUAGUGACUCACAAAUAACAUUCAUGUUUUGAGUAUGUGAAUUCAGUUGUUUGAUUGUAUUUCUGCAUUUUCAUAUGUAUUUUUAUAUCUGACGCAUUGUUAUUUUAUUUUUUGUCUCAAAAUGGAAAUACAUGUUAAAGUACAUCCACUGCCUGUUUUUCCUAUUGGAAAUUUAUUGGUUGCCAAGUGAUAAAUCGAGUAACUUCGAAAUUGAGAAUAUUUUGUUUUUCCCCUAAAAUAAAAGCAUUUAAAAGUUUAAACUUGUUGCAUUGAUUUUGAGGUCAAAGGUCAAGAUCACUGACCUGUAAUAGUUAUUUGGUUAUAGUUCAUUUUCUGAGAAAGUACAAAAGUUAUUCACUGCAAUCUUGAUAUACACUUGUUCAUUAUCAACAUGAGAUGCCGUAUCACUAGGGCAGAUAAUCCUUAAUUACAACUUCCCGUUAGCUGUCAUUUUCACCUUGUUCUGGCACUAAAUUUUAGUCAAUUCAAGAAUGCAGUCAAUUUAUGCUGGCUAGUUACUAAUUACAGAAGUUGAAACCCUUGUCCAGCAAGCCGAAGGUGCUCAACUCUUUUAAUUGAUCUAAGUUAUUACUGAUAAUUGUUAAUUAGAUUUGGCCAUACAGAAACACUUCUGAAAGUUUAACAUUUCCUGUGUCUUAGUAUACUGUCUGUGAACUAUCGUUCUGUUCUUGAAUUAUUAAUAUUAACUGGAAGUUGAAAGGGCAUAAAAUUGUAAUAUUACUUGCUGGUAUGGACGUUAUUUCAGAUUUCUAUUUUUACUGGGACAAAACCAUCUGCUGGACACCUGACAGUCACUUGACAUCUGGAACAAUACCAGAUGUCCAGGAUAUUAUUGCGUACUAUAGUAUAUGCCAUAAAGAAAAAAUUUCAAAAUAUAGGAGUGUGUUUCGACCAUAAUUUAUAUCAACAGAUUUGAGAUGAAGAACUUCUGUCUUACAAACAUGGCUGUUUAUUUUAUUUUUUAUUGAAAUAAUUGCGAAUAUAAGUUGUUUUAUUAUCAUGCCAUGUUUGUUUUGUUCAAAUGUACAUAUACAUGUAUAUAAAAUGCAAUAUUUGUCAGAUGUGUCAGUUCAUCAAAUGAUUUUUUGCCUUUAUGUUAAGAAUUGUUUAAUUUGAUCUAUUGUCAGUUGCUGAAAUGUUGACCUAAUAUAUACAACACAUUUUUUCUGGUAGAUGAACAUCAUAUUUUUUGGUGGAUACCAUAUUUAUAAAACAGCUUUCUGACAAUUAUCGAAACAAAUGGGCAUUUAUGUGUUACUGGUACAUGGAUUUACCAUUCUUUGUGUACUAAAAUAUUUUACCAUAAAAGAUGCAAAUUAAUUGAUGCAAAAAUAUGAAUUACUAAUUUUAUCUUGUAAAAUUUGAUUAUUAAUCAUUUGAUUUUACUACUAUUGUUAGACAAAGUUAGUUUUUUUGUGUGUGUUAAUGUCUGUAAAAUUGUUUUGUUUUGAGUCUUGCUAUUGUCUUGUACAAAACGUGUAUAUAGCUUUUUUUAAAGUGUAUGAAAUUGUUUAUUUGUAUAGUAUGGAAUAAACAUUACUG